UCCGCCGCCUGGUAACGGCCGCGCGCGUAGCCGCCGCCCGCUUCCUCCCCUGCCGCGAGGACCCUCGAGCCUCCGCCGGGGGCGGCGGGCCGCGCUCGCCCCUGCCGCCCGUCUCGGGGCGGCUCGGUUGCCGGGCUGGGGCGCCACGGAGGGGCUCCCCCCGCCGCCUUUCUUGGCACCGGGGGCCCGGAGCGGAGGGGCGGCCCCUGAGCCCUCUCCGCCGCUACGCCGAAAGCUGGCUCCGGCCGCGGGGGAGAAGUGGAGGAGUGGGACGUGCCCGUCCUGUCCUGCUCUUGCAGCUACUGAGCGCAGAGCAGCCUGGCUUGGAGCUGAGGCGGCUGAGACAUGGGUGCUUGCCCCGUCCGACGCCUCUGCGCUGGGCUUGGCAGGCUGUCGGGCGUCUGUCAUGUCUUACGAGCAAUGUGUUCCACAAAGAAGCGUUGUAAGAUGACUUAAUGUGACUACACAAAAUGAAGCAUUUCAGCUGUGAAGAUGCAAGGAGACUAUCAUUCAGCUUCAGUUGGUGACUUGUAGGCAUUGCUCAUUCAAAAAGGAGGGCAAACUGAGAGAAAAGACUUACCUAAGACUGUGCACAAAGAUAUAAGAGCAGAGACACGACCCAAGGCCUCCAGGACUUAGACUAGGUCGCUAGCCAGUGGACUAAACGUUUUGUCAUGAUGAGUCUGGGAGAUCAGCUAAACCUGUAGCUGCAGUUCAGAUCUUUUAAGUUGCUUGAAGACUUUUAAGGCAUACACCUGUCUUCUGAAACAGCUUCAUAACUAUGUAAUUUAAAACUUAAAGUGAGAGAGUGAGCCUGCUUUGUAGCUAAGUGAAAGAAGUUGGGAGCAGAAAAAGCAAGAUGAAUGCAUCUGGAGGAAGCUGUGGGAGCCCUAGUUCUGCAGAAUCUACUGGAGAUUUCUUCAAGGAACUGUGGUCCAAACUGAAAGAAUGUCACGAUAAGGAAGUGCAAGGCUUACAGCUGAAAAUAUCCAAACUGAAAAAGGAAAGAUGCUUGGAUGCAGAGAGGCUUGAAGAAUUUUACACCAAGAACCAACAGCUCAGAGAGCAGCAAAAAGCACUUCAUGAUACUAUCAAAGUUUUAGAAGACAGAUUAAGAGCAGGAUUAUGUGAUCGCUGUGCUGUAACUGAAGAACAUAUGAGAAAGAAACAGCAAGAGUUUGAAAAUAUCCGGCAGCAGAAUCUUAAACUUAUCACUGAGCUUAUGAAUGAAAAAAACAACUUACAAGAUGAAAAUAAAAAGAUAUCUGAACAAUUCCAGCAAUUGCAGAAACAGUUGGAAGAGCAAAAGCAACAAGCAGUUGAAUUAGAAGAAGGCGUCAUUCCAGAUUCUCCAGUUCUGACUUCUUCAUUUUCUGUGGUUAAUCGUAUGAGAAGGAAAAAAGAGAAUAGGCAUAUCCGAUACACAGAACAUACACACCCAGAUUUGGAACUUGCUGAAAGCAACAGUGAGUUUGGAAAAAUUCCACUGUGUUCCACUCAAGUGAACAGUCACCAUGGAGAGGAGAUACUAGUGGCAGACACUUGUGAUCCACAGAUGUCCCCUGUGCCAAAUAAACAGAGGUUCGGAGGCUAUCCAGUUCUAAGACCAUCUUUUAACUUGGCUGCAGUUGUGGCAGAAACAAUUGGACUUGCUGUUCAAGAGGAAUCUGAGUCCCAGAGUGUACUGAGUCCUCCUACCACUAAUACUGUUAUGAACCAGGAUCCAGAGAGCAUGCAGUGUGAAGAUUCAAGAAAACACCCAGCUUCUGAAUCAACAAAUGAUGACAACAGUUUAGGUCUUUCAGAGCCAUCUCAGAACACUCCACCACAUGUCAACUGGGAUUCUCAGGUAGCUUCUCCUGUUUUUGGAGCUUCUAGCAGUAUGAAGAACAAGUCAAGUACAAGUCAUCCCCCUUGUAUUUUAGAUUCAGGAUUGAAGCCUAAUCUCAAAACCAACCCCUUCAACAAUCCUUCCAGUUCCAGAUCUCAUAAAAGCAGACCAAAAUCUGAAGAUGUUGCUUUUGUUGCACCACUUAAUCUUGGAACUGAAAUCAACUCAGUUAUCGGCCAGGCCUCUAUCAAUAGGCAGAUGGUUGUGAAAAAGAAUACUAACGAGGCUGGAACUUGUGUUGGAAACACUUGCGCAGCUAAAAAUGAGGUGAUCAAGAAUGAUUUCUUUCUUGUACACCAUAAGCAACUAGAAGGCAGGUGUGCUAAAAGAAAGAAAGCUGAAGAUGAACAUGCAAUUAGCUGUGAGAAAACAUCCCUCAACAAAGAGAACUCUAUGCCUUUCCGAGCAGACAUUGAGCUUGUUAACGGAGAACAUACAGUUGAUAAACCCUUGGAUCUGUCUGAUCGCUUCUCUGGGGUUCGUUGCCAAGAGAAAAAACAAGGAAGUGAGGAAACCUGUAAAAAUAGACUGAAACAGGUGACUCUGCAUGAUGUUUUUUCACAGCUAGGGAAGCCCAUUUCUGAGGGUUCACCAUCCAUUCAAAAUGCCAACAGUGAGAGUUGUUUGUUUGGCAGAGAUUUACAAGAGGAACCUUAUGUACAAGAGGCAAUGCUGGGGAAAACAUUCCCAGAUAACAAAAAACAGAUCCAAAUGAAAGAAGAUGUCCCUCCCUUCAAAAUUGCACCUCUGCUAAACUCCAUAGAGACAGAACAUCUUUUUGAUGACAUGAAGGUUGCCAGUGGCCAUGUACCAAACAGAAAGAAAACAAGGACAGGACAUGGAGAGUCUGAACCAGCAUCUGUACUUCAACCAAACCCUUGUAGACUACCAAAAAAUAAAGCACUACAAAAUGAACAAGAACUUAAAGAUAAAUCUUCUUUAGAAAACCUUCAGUGGAGCAUAGAUCCAGGAGCUGACCUUUCACAGUACAAAAUGGACAUUACCGUGAUUGAUACGAAGGAUGGUUCUCAGUCAAGGACUGGAGGGGAAGGUGUUGAUAUGGAUUAUACAUACGUUAGUGAAAGUGUGCUAUUAAAAAUGAAAAACCAAGAGCAAAAACAGGAAAGCAGUCCAGGAGGAGAAAAAAAAAUGAGUGAUACCUUAACAGAAAUGUUUGAUCGGACAAGCCAUGAAGAAUAUGACUCCUGCCUAGCAGAAGAUAGUCCAUCUACAUGUGACGAAAAAGAAACUCUUCAUGAUGAUCAGCAGGAUAAAGAAAUAGCAGCAGCAAGCAAGAAACUAAAGAAACAUGAAGAUAAACAAGAUAAGACCAAACAGAAAGCUUUUGUGGAGCCCUACUUCAAAAGUGAUGAAAGAAAGAAUACUGUGUUAGAUUUUCCUCAUAUUGAGGUCAUUCGAAAGAAGGAAGAAAGAAGAAAAUUGUUGGGCCAUACUUGUAAGGAAUGUGAAAUAUAUUAUGCAGACAUUCCAGCAGAAGAGAGAGAAAAGAAACUAGCUUCCUGUUCAAGACAUAGAUUUCGCUACAUUCCUCCAAGUACACCUGAAAAUUUCUGGGAGGUUGGAUUUCCUUCCACCCAAACUUGUGUGGAAAGAGGAUACAUUAAAGAGGACCUUGCUCCCUGUCAGCGUCCAAAGAGACGGCAGCCUUAUGCUGUAAUGUUUUCUCCAAAAGGCAAAGAACAGAAGACAUAAUUGAUAGAGAAAUACGGCACGCCAACCUGAGGGAUAUCUUUCCUCUCCUUAGAUAUUUAUAGUUAAUAUAAACUUGAAAUAAAGAACUGUGUUUUCUACAACAAUAAAUCAUUUCAUUAUGUAUGUAAAUUUUAUAAAAUUCUUUUGAAAAUCUGAAGUAUGUACCAGGAAGCAAAACUAUUUAAUGUAUGUUUGUUUUCAUGUUUUUAUUAAUACAUUUUGUAUUAAUUUUUGCACCUGUCAGACAGUGAGUCUCCCGUUUUUCUUUCUUUGAAGUCAACAGCUAAAAGUCCAGCAGUUCCUAUCUAAACUUUGUGUCAGUGAGUAACUGCUUUGAAGUCCCUGAGAUCACAGUUGCUCAUGCAGGGUCUAAGUGUUGCAUGUCAAUGGGAACAGAAAUGCAGAUUUUGUAGGGUGCUUCCAUUUUGCACUGGAUUUUAAAUAUAUAUAUAUUUUGUCUUUUUGGCAAUAAUUGUUAUACCUACUUGUAAUAAAAAUGUGUUAAAUAUGAAA